UAUAGUUUCUAUGCAAGUGUUUCUACCUCUUAACUCCCACAAAGCGACCAAAGCAAGAAUCUUUACGCAGAGAAUCAUGAAGUAUUGUAGCUUAGAUCUCGGGCUAUCUCCAGUGACCUCUUCGCUUCAACCUUGUCGCCGAGAUUCGACGGUUAAUCAAUCUUUAAUCAUAAGACCUAAGGAGAUCAAUGUAUUCUAUAAUGGGAAAGUACGUGAACACGAUCUCGUAGAGUUUCAGAUAAGGGCGAUAAUAGAGAUGGCGAGCAAGGAGCGUGGAAUAACGGCGUUAGAGUUAGCGCCGAUGAGACUGGAAUCACCGUUAGGGUUUUCUUUGAAGAGAUCCGUGAAGAGUUUUUUGGAGAAGAGGAAGAAAAGAAACAAAUCUUUUGCACCUUACAGUUACACUUACACCUCCACCUCUUCCUCCUCUUCCCAUAAUUCCUAAACCCAAGUUAUUUAAUUUACUUUUUUUCUUCUAUCAUAACAAAAAAGGAAUCUUUUCUUUUUUUUUAAAUUUGGGUUGAGAAGAAUCUAGCUCGUGUUUCUCUCUUUUGUCAUUU